GUCAAGGCAGAGAUGCGGCACUGAAGCAGACACAGCGCUUGCAAUAGCAUUUGCGCUUCGGGCCGGCCCCCUUAAGCUUAAGAGGGCGGCAGUUGUGUUCUUGGAGCGGAUUCGUCUUGCGGAAGAGCUGGGUCGUGUUGAAGUCCAUCGACUUGAUACUGGAGGCUGGAGGAACCGAUUUUUGCACUCCGUUCGAUAGGUGACAUGUGAAUGGGUUCCGUGCGGCAGACGUAAGCGCCAAUGACGGGAGUUAAUGGAAAGGCCAUAUGUUUCUGAUCCUUCCUCAGAAUCGAGUCUGCGAAAUCUGACCAUCAAGCACGCACUCUCGUGCGCCUCUAGAUCGCAGAUCCGUCGGCUUUUAGAAGAUUCCUUGCUUUAUCCACGUUUCGCUUGCGGAUCUUUCCUCUUGAGUUCUGGCGGAUUCUCUUCGCAGUGUUGGAGAGGGGCUCGGGGACGUCACUGUAACGUGAAAGACGUCCGUGCCUCUCAGGUACACCAAAGGAUGCAAGAAGCAAGCUUCCAUCCAGAUCAAGAUGUAGCUCUAGCUUUCGGGCACAAAGAGCCGCCGACUAUCACAAUCCUCCACUGGUUGCGCGUUCCGCACCGCCUGACAACAAAUUACAAAACAUUGUUCCUCGGGCGUCGAAACACUGAGACAGUGCAGCCUUGGAGAAAGCCUUCAGACGGGCAAGGCGCCACCUCGAACAGAUUCUUGGAACCGCUGCUUGAAACUUGUACUGCGGUAACAUCUGGCGGCAGGUAUCGGCAGGUACCCGUGCUGGUGUUGGGAUCGGGGACGCCGGGGGGAUGGGCCCACAAAUGGCCUUGCGUUGGCCAUGUUUGAAGAUCGCCGCUGUAUAUGCACGGGGUAGUUGGA